AUGCUCAACACAAUAAACAACCUCUGCAUCCUGUAUAAAGGCCGCGGGCAGUUCAGGGCCGCGGAGGGCAUGUAUAACCGCUCCUUGGCCGGCAGAGAGGAGCUAUUUGGUCCGGGCAGCGAGACCACGUUGGAUACUGUGCACUGCCUUGGCCUUCUCUACGCGACAGAAGGCCGUUUGAAUGAGGCUGCUCCCCUUUGGGAGCGAUACCUGCAAGGCCGGGAGAAGCUCUACGGGCCCAACGACGACAGAACGCUGAUCGCGGUAUUUGACCUUGGUGCGCUCUAUUAUGACCAGGAUAGGUUUGACGAGGCGAUACAGCUAAUGGAGCGAGCCCUGAAGGGCUACGAACGAACGCGCGGCGAGGACAAAUUUACGAUCCAGGCAAUGGAUAAACUGGGGACACUGUAUGCGACAAAUGGACAAUAUGAGGAGGCUGGAACGAUACUGAAGCGAGGGGUGCGAGCCUACGAGAAGGUCUUUGGCGCGGAACAUGAUAUCGCAGUUCGGACGAAAAAAAACCUGGCAAAAGUGUACAUGAACCAAGACAGGCUGUCCGAGGCAGUUAUCGUGUACAGAGAGCUACUCCAACGGUACCAGAAUACACCUGGCCCGGACGACGCCUCGACGGGAGAAGUGUGUUGCGUCCUUGCCGAUUUAUAUCAAGCUCUGGGUCAGCUGCACAAUGCAGAGGUGAUGGCAGCCCAGGCACUGAAAAUCUACGAAAAGUCCCUCGGUGCAGGAGACAUUUCGACUGUAGAUGCAGCUGCUGGGCUUGGGCUGCUCUACGCCAAGCAGAACCAACUGGAUAUGGCGGAACUCAUGUGGGUGAGGGCGGCGCGAGGUUUCGAGGAGAUCAAGGGGCUGGACCACCUAUGA